CCUCCCGUUUUGCUCCGGCACGAACCCAGAGAAACGAGCCUUUGCGACAUCAACAGCACUCAGCGCGCGUCCUUAGGUAAGACCUGCUUUCCAUUCCCCCUUCGUCCCCGGCUGUAUUGGUGUCUCGUGACAUCCUGUAGAUACCGUCGAGCGCGAUACUGAUCGUCGUUGGCGCUGCUGUUGCCGUUGAUGGGCAUUGGCGCCUGUCGACCUCAUCGAGCCAGCGACCGCGUCGCGACCUCCCAUCGCGAUCGGUCUGGACUUGCGCUUGGCCAUCUCAGUCCGACCUUCGAAGCCUUCUAUGGAGGCUUCUGCUCGAAAUAGCACCGCUGACUUCUUGUCGCAACUGCAGAUGGGUUGCCUCAACUCCUUCCCACAGUCAUGACCUCCUGGAUGAAUGAUGCUGCUGUCCAGAACCACAAUGGCGCAGGCUUCAACCAUCUCGACCCCAACGCCAGCGGAGCCAUGCUCGACCCCUCCGCUUUUAUGAACAACCCUCCGUCCUUCGAUCCUUCCCAGUUUCAAAAUGCCCAGCUCCAGCAACGGAUGCAGAAUGGGGCGUUGCGCAAUGGCUCCCCAGCCUUCAACAAUCCCGUAUAUCAAACCAACCAAGUGAUACCAUCGAAGAGACCACGACCAAGAGAAGAUAGUCUAGGCACAUCGCCGCGUCAAGCGCCCGGUAUGCUACCAAAUUCCCGCUCUCAGACACCCCAACAAGGUCCCUACCCUGGAUUUCCCCAAAACAAUGUAUCUCAACAACACCCGGCCCAGCAGACCCCGUAUUCCCAUCUUCAAAAUGGAUCGGCCAAUGCCAGCCCAUCACCCAUCAUGGGCAACCAGCUACGUCCUGGUGGCGUACCGCAACGAGUCUCUACGGCCUCUCCACAUCCCUUCUCCCCGGCUGCACAACAAUUCCCCCAACCAUCCCCAUCCCAAUCCGAACAUGGCAGUCGCGUCGAUACGCCGCAGAAUAACAACCCAUAUGCGCAAAAUCCCCAGUUCGCACAAGGCUUCAACCAAAAUUUCACCCCUCCCACUGGUCGAUCGUCAGCUCCACCUCAAAACGCUAUGUCCACGCCGCAUAUGCAACAGAAUCCCAUGCAGCAAAGCCCGAUGUAUGCUCAACAAGGCCAACCUCAGACACAACAAAUGCAACAGCAACGAAUGAUGUACCAGAUGCAAAUGCAGCAACAGCAGCAACAGCGCAUGAUGGCCGCCCAACGGGGCAAUAUGCCACCCAAUGCAAACGCAAUGGCCAAUCCUACAAUGCAAAUGCCUAAUCCUAAUGGUCAACUUGCACAAAUACGAGCUCAGCAGCAAGCUUCUGCCCAGGCCAGAGGCGGCCCGAAUCCCGAAAAUUUUAUGAAAAGCCUAGCAUCCUUCAUGCAACAGAAGCAGCUUGCUUUAGACAUGAACCCUAUCGUAGGGGAUCGCAAAAUUGCUCUUUUAACGUUAUAUAUGACUGUAGUGAAAUUUGGAGGCUACAAGAAGGUCACGGCGCAGAAUGGGUGGUCUCAAGUUGCACAAGCUUUGCAAUUUCAUCUGAUGCAAAUCCCAGCCGCGCCUCAACAGCUCAAACACCAUUAUGAGCGAAACCUACUGUUAUUCGAGGAGGCGUGGCAACAGAAUCAGCAGCGCCAGAGGGCGGCUAUGAUGCAGAACGCCAACAUGCCGGCUCCGCAAAUGUCACCUACGAAGCCGAUGAACCCCCAGCUCGCAAUGCAGUCUCAGAAUUUCCUCCAGCAACCACAACUCAUGGGCCAACAGCAACAUCACCAACAACAACAACAACAACAGCAAGCGCAAACUACUCCCGUCAAGCAGAUGCCGCCUAUGCAUCACGCGCAACAACCAUCUGUCAAUGGCUUUUCUACCCCUCAAGCACCUCAGGGUCAGCCACAACCCAUAGGCCCACAGGGUCACGCACGCAAUAGCCUUUCAAGAAGUAUCGACGCCACUCCGCCUCAAAACGGGACAUCCUUCACGAUGGCUUCGCCAAUGUCUGCAACGAAGGCGGGCAUUAGGGUAUUAGACACCUGGGGUGGUGUUGAACUCGAUUCUUUAUUACGGCUAGGUGGAACUUUGAUGCAGUACAAACCUGAUAUCCCAGCUGUGGGAGACCUAGGUGUUAUCGAUAUUCAUGCUUUGACGAUGAGCCUUCAAUCAGGAAUCCAUGCAGAAGUACGUUUGGCAUUGGAUACUUUGGUCUCCCUCUCAGUGGAAUCUCGACUGCAAUUGGAUCUGCGUGCGUGCGAAGAUCUUGUGGAGACAUUGGUGGAUUGUGCUGAAAUGCAAGUCGAGCUUCUUGCUGAGAAUGCGGCGGAGGUCUCAGACGUGAUGCUAGUCGGCUCUUAUGAAGAUGUGGUACGCAGUUGCCGGAGUGAGCAAGAGGUUCUCCAGGACAUUCCAGCUUUCGGCUCCCUUGAGUAUGAACUCGACCGAGCUGUAGACAGACUGGUUUGUAUUACCACCGUCAUGCGGAACUUGUCAUUCUACGAGACGAACCAUCCUCUCCUUGCCGACGAGCUCGUUAUCAAAUUUUUGUGUGUCGUCAUAAGAUACUUGGGAACGCGAAACAUGCUCCUACGGACGAAUCAAAACACCUUGGAUUUUAUGAAAGAUGUCAUCAUCUUUCUAUCAAAUUUGGCCCAAGCGAUCGAGUUACCGGGACGAGAACAAGCGUUAUGCCUACUCCACUUCUUAUUGGCCUUUGCACCCUGCCCUCCACCAAACACGAUAGGUUCCGAGCGCGUCACAUUCUCGCCAUACGAUCCUGCCAUCCACCGAUAUCUUCCUCCAGCUGUGGAUAGUUUAGCAAAGCUCCUCGCGAGGGAUGAGCCGAAUCGGACACACUACAAGACUAUUUUCGCCUCGGAUAUCGCCUCGUCUCCCCCUUACGACCUUCUUACAAGAACGUUUGCUCUUGCGAUAUCAGCCGUACCAGAUGACAAACAAGAUGCCAAACGAGGAAACCUCGUUCCAGUGGUGGAGGCGCGAAAGCCGUUUUUGAUGCAAGGGAUGCUGGCAGCGGAGAUUCUGUCAAAUUUAGUGCCAGGCUACGAAACCGGUGUUGCCAAGUCUUGGUUGACAUCCGAUGAUGGCUUUUCCAAGAACCUCUGCAGACUUAUCCUAUCCUUGUGUCACGAGACCUCCCCCCAGGCUGCUCAUCAGAGAACGCAGACUACACCAAAGGGAUUGGAAGACGAAGCGUUACUCCACAUCACAAUGGGUGGUAUAGCAGUUUUACGGCGUCUGGCAGAAAAGUCGCGAGAUCCGGAAGAUCCAAAUACCAUGAUACCCAUUUCCGGGCUUCCGGCGAAAGAGACUUUAUUAGGGGCGCUCGAGAUAAGGUUACCCAGACUUCAAGGGGUUUUGAAGCAGUUGUGUGCAUACGCGGGGCUGGCCACAUAA